AUGACAGCUGGUUCAUCCAUCGAACCUAUCAUUUCAACUAUGAUUGCCACACGAGUGGCUAAUCGCAGAAAUUGGGAAGAGGCUGUCAAAGAAUUUGAUCAUCCAGGACUUUUAUGGCGUGAUCGACAAGCUCUUAUAUUACUUAUAACAGCGCUUUGCCGAGUUUUACCAACUGAAAAGCAUAUUGAUUUACUUUAUGGACGUUUGACUAGUGUUGAAGAACGAGUUAGAGAAUGA